GUCAGUUGUCAGUUGUUUAAUCGUUUGGUUGUGUCGCUAACCGUCGCCUCGACAACGCCUCCCCAAGUAUCAACAAUUGUGUUUGCCAAUUUGAGGAGACAAUGAAAACGGAAUCAACUCGAAUUGGCAGUGUUUGAGUUCUUUUGUUUUGUCUGAAUUGCAAACUGAUCCGAAGUGCAGCGGUGUGUAACCGAAAUCCAAGCUUAAAAACCCAAAAGAUUCAUACAUAAUGGCGUCAGGCUUGGAGCGCGUUAACGAAAAUGAAAUGAAAGCAAUGGAUGCCAAUCGCUAUGCCACCAAGAAGACGAUUGCCCAGGGCAUGCUGGAUAUAGCAUUGUUGACCGCUAACGCCUCCCAGCUGAAGUACAUCCUCCAAGUGGGCGAGCAGCACCAGUUCUACAAGCUGAUGCUGAUCCUGAUCAGUCUAUCUAUAGUUUUGCAGGUUCUGUCGGGCGUGCUGAGCCUGUCCCUGAGUUUGCUGCGGGACUGUCGGCUGCACCAACCAGAGUUCCACCAGUCGGCCAAUGUCAUUAACCAUGUGCGCACGGGGUUCGCCUUUUUCACCACGAUGAUAAAUCUGUUUAUCUCGGCAUUUGAUAGUCGACUGCCCCCGCCACAGGGCGAAUUUCUUAACAAUUUGAACUAAGAGUGGGGAAAGGCCUUUAAAAGGUGCUUAAUCUCCGGUUCUAACGCUUUCCAUAUCCAUUUCGACAGCUUUUGGUGGGCAUUCUGUUUGUGGCCAUCGGCAGUCUCAACAUUAACAAACAGCAGGAUCAGACGGCGGCGGUGAUCCUGAACGAUGUCAUU